GUGUAACACACUAUGAUGUAGUAGUAUUCCUUUUUGGACAGUGUUUAUAUGACGUGAUAGUCUACUUGUUUUAGUUUCAGCCAAAGAAACGCACGUGUGUACAAGUAAAAGAAAUAGAAUGUCACGGAAGAUAAUUGUGGAAUAACAAAAAAAUUGUAUAAAUAAAACACGGUUGCCAGUUCCGAUACAAGUCCAUUCGGUGAAAACUACAAUGAGAGUUGUUUUACUUCUUAUCUGUUGCAUCACCGCUAUAAUAGCUGUUCAGAAAAUGCCUUUGGAAAUAAGACAAGCAUGGCUCAAAGCAGCGGAACCUGACUUCAGUGUUUGCGUUGCGUCGUCAGGAGUCGAUUCGAUAGUGGCUUACAAUGCUAUUGCUAAGAAUGAAAUUCCCAACGAUAGUGCGCUAAAGUGUUUCCUCAAUUGUAUACAGCAGAGGGCCAAUCUAAUGAAUUCCGUUGGCGAACUUCUCGAGGACGAGUUUGUGAGGGUACUCAAAGGAGUAACGCCGGCUAUUGCAAAGAAGUGUGUAGCGCAGACGCAAAACGAAACGGAUAUCUGCAAGAAGAGUUUCGAGAUGUUUUUGUGUAUGGUUUACGCGUUAGGUAAACCGUACCCACCUCUGACGCAUUGA